CACGUCCAAUUCUCACAGCAGAAUAACUCAACUUCACAUCCGCAACAAUGGGAAGAAUUAAGAAGAAAGGAGUCGCUGGCCAGGCCAAAAACUUCAUCACCCGAACCCAAGCCGUGCGCAAACUUCAGAUCAGUCUCCCCGACUUUCGCAAACUCUGCAUCUGGAAAGGAAUCUACCCUCGAGAACCGCGCAAUAAGAAGAAGGCCUCGAAAUCCUCGAGCGCAUCUACGACUUUUUACUAUACGAAGGAUAUUCAAUAUCUCCUACACGAACCGCUGCUACAGAAGUUCCGCGAGCAAAAAGCUCUUGAGAAGAAGAUCUCGAAAGCGCUUGGUCGAGGAGAUGCCGGUGAUGCGCACAGGUUGGAAAAGAAUGCCAAUCGGCCAGAGAAGACGGGAAAAACGAAAUACACACUCGAUCAUGUCAUCAGAGAGCGUUAUCCUACGUUCGUUGAUGCGCUGAGAGAUCUGGAUGAUUGUCUUUCCAUGUUAUUCUUGUUCGCCAACCUCCCCUCCACACCCACAGUCCCUGCAAAGAUGAUCGCAAGAUGCGAGAAGCUAUGCCUCGAGUUCCAACACUACUUGAUCGUUUCGAAUAGCUUGCGCAAGUCGUUCCUGUCGAUCAAGGGUAUCUACUACCAGGCAACAAUCCAAGGACAGGAUAUCCUGUGGUUGGUACCUUACAAGUUCAAUCAGAGAGUUACUGGAGAUGUGGAUUUCAGAAUUAUGGGAACAUUUGUAGAAUUCUACCAGACACUGCUUGGCUUUGUCAACUUCCGUCUCUAUACAUCAAUUGGAUUAGUCUACCCUCCGAAGUUCGACAAGACCAAGGAUGACCAGGGUGCUGAGUUGGGGGCAUUCGCACUUGAGGGUAAUGGAAUUGGUGCGAUCACACAGCCAAAGCAGAUUCCCGGUACCGAGCCCGCGAAGCCGGAUCCAAAGCUCCAGAAAGAGAUUGACAAGCUCAUGUCGCAACUAAACCAACCUGAGGAGGAGGCCAAGGAGCCAGCUACCAGUCAGACAUUAGCUGGAGAGGAGGACGAGGAAGAGCAAGCUACAGAUACCAUCGACAAGUUUGAGCCUGCAGCUCCUGGUGGAGAUAUUCUGUUACAGCCUUCAUAUUCCGCAACCGACCCUUCUACCCUCUUCUCGAACUUCACCUUCUUCCUCUCCCGAGAAACACCUCGUCAACCCAUUGAGUUCAUCCUGAAAGCAUUUGGGUGCAAGCGCAUUGGAUGGGAUGCUGUUCUUGGGGAGGGUGCCUACACACAUAACGAGCUUGACCCGGCAAUUACUCACCAAAUUGUUGAUCGGCCACCAAUUCAAGUUGAUCCCGAGGAAGAGCAGACUGAGGACAACCAAAAUGCUCAAAAGCUCAAGCCAGGAUCCAGAGUACCAGGACGCAUUUACGUCCAACCCCAAUGGAUUUGGGAUAGUGUGAACGAGGAGGAGCUUAAGAGACCAGAUUUGUAUGCACCUGGAGCACAAUUACCACCUCAUCUUAGUCCAUUCGUCAAGAAGGUCAGAGGUCAAUACGAUCCUAGCGCACCACUCAACGAGCAGGAGCGUGAGGAUGAAGAGUUGGAAGCUGCCAGUGACGAUGAGGCUGAUGUGUCAGAUGACGAGAUGGCCGUUCAGGAACCCAAGCUUCUUACCAAUGACGAAGUUGAUGCUACAGCUGAGGGUAUGGAUGUCGCAGGUUCCGAAGAUGACGACUCUGAGGAGGCUGAGGGCGAGGAUGACGCCGGCUCAUUUGGUGGAUUCUCUGAUGCUGAGGAAGAGGAGGAAGACGAAUCUACCUCCGCCGCUAUCCGCAGACAGCGCGAGCUCGAGGCAGAACUCACUGGCGUCGCACUGGAAGACAAGGAAGUCGACCCCAAAGCCAAGGCGAAGGCUGAUGCCCGCAAGAAGGCUGCGAAGAGGAAUAAGGAAGAGGAAGAGGAGUUGGAGAGAGCGAAGAUGAUGAUGAGCAGAAAGAAGAGAAAGAUCAUGGAGAAGAUGGUUUACAGCAACAAGAAGAAGGAUGCCGAGGCUGAGAAGCUGAGGGCGAAGAGGAGAAAGAUUGAGAAGUCAGGAAAGGGUCCUGAGCGUAACUAGGAGCUGUUUGAGUCAGAUAAGGGAAAAGUAUGGCGUUUGGGAAGGGAACCUUUACUGGGAGUUCUGGCCUACCAUAGUGUGAGAAAUAGAUUACUACAUACUGUCAAAGGUCUUUUUUAUGAAUCAAACAAUGCUGGAGUGUGAUAUGAAGAGUGAUCAAGAAAUCUGAAGUCCCGUUACCACAUUAU